AUGCUUUCAGCCCGCAGGAGAGCCGAUCCCCGCGUUCGAGCGGCGGCUCGGCCUGGCAGGUGACGGGUGGACGGGCUCCGGGGGAGGGAUCGGGGGUGGCAAGAAGCCGCAGCAGCCGUCCUCCGCCCUCUCUCCGCCCCGCGUCUCCCUUCCCCUCCGGCCGGUCGUUCCCUCAGCCGCGGUCUGGCCCGCCUCCAGAUCAACGGCUCCGCGACGCAGCAGGCCCAUCGGGCCCGGCCGUUCGGCUCCAGGAACCGCUUCGGGGGGAAGCAGCCGCCGCCCCCGCCACUUCCUCCAGGGCCCCGCGAGGAGAGCCGCCGUUUCCGCUGCGGCCGGACUCAGACCCCAGAACGAAGGGAAGCCAGGAUAUCACAGCAUGGAUCAGUCUAGGUCUAGUUCAGGUGGAGGUAGUGAACAGGCCUCUUCUCAAGACCACCGUCACAGUGAAGAUGAGCGAAGAUGGCAGCAAGAGCGCCUCAGCAGGGAAGAGGCCUAUUACCAGUUCAUUAAUGAACUCAAUGAUGAAGAUUAUAGGUUAAUGAGAGACCACAAUCUCCUAGGCACCCCUGGAGAAAUAACAUCAGAAGAGUUACAACAACGAUUGGAUGGAGCCAAGGAACAUCUGGCAUCGCAUCCUGACCUGGAGAAUAGACAAACUGAGGGAGGAACUUUGGGAGAUGCAGAGAUCCCUAGAGACAAUUCAAAUGGAGACUCCCUGUUAGAAUGGCUGAACACUUUCCGUCGGACAGGCAAUGCAACUCGAAGUGGGCAGAGUGGGAACCAAACUUGGAGAGCUGUGAGUCGAACGAAUCCGAACAGUGGAGAAUUUCGGUUUAGUCUGGAAAUUAAUAUAAAUCACGAAAACAAUGGAUUUGAAGCUCCUAGUGAUGAAUAUGCAAGUGUUUCUCAUUCUCAUGCCACCAGAAAUCAUCCUGAAAAUGGACACCAAAGAGCAGUUAGUCCUGUGGCCAGGAGAACAAGGAGCCAGACCUCAGUGACUCUGAAUGGUGACAGUUUCAGUGUUCCAAGGACUAGAAUGGCAAGAAGUUCAAGGAGGCGGAAUUCAGUUGAAAUGUCUUUUUCUAUGUUGGGAAGGGUGAGGAGCAGAAAUAGGGGGUCAGUAAGCGUUUCUAGAACAAAUUCUGUUAAUGAUAAUCUUCUGAGUGGUCAUGUAAAUCCCCAGGGCACUAGUGAAUACAACUUGAGAGAAGGGCUAGGUGCAUCUUCACAGCUCCAGGGAAACAGAGGUAGAACUCCUGUUCCCACAAGGAGUGCAAGCCAAAGACAAGAACCAGUAAAUUUAGAGUCUGCUGUAAAUAGUCGAAGCCGGUCACCAGUUCAAAGACAAGGUGAUGCUAUGGAUUCUGAAGAACAUAAUUCACAUAGGGAAAAUAGACCUUUACAACAAACCUUUAGAAGGUCAGUUAGGAGGAGACAUGUGGCUCGUGUCUAUUUAGAGCCAGCUGGAGAACAUAGAGGCACUACUCAUACCCCGCUGUCCAAUUCAGGACUGCUGUCAAGAAUUACAGUGGAAGGGGAAGAAUCCAUUAGGCCUACAGCUGCUGUGAGGCGACAUCCGACUAUCACACUAGACCUUCAGGUUCGAAGGAUUCGUCCUGGAGAAAAUAGAGAUCGGGAUAGUAUUGCAAAUAGAACUCGCUCUAGAGUAGGAUUGGCUGAAAACACAGUAACCUUUGAGAGCAAUAGUGGAGGCUUUCGUCGAACCAUUUCUCGUUCAGAACGUGCUGGCAUUCGAACUUAUGUCAGUACCAUAAGGAUUCCACUCCGUAGGAUUUCAGAGAAUGGACUUGGUGAGCCAUCAUCAGUUGCUUUACGGUCAAUUUUAAGGCAGAUCAUGACUGGAUUUGGGGAACUGAGUUCUCUAAUGGAAACUGAAUCUGAGUCUGAAUUUCAGAGGAGUGGGCAACAUUUAAGAGAGAUGCAUUCAGAGGUGAGUAAUUCAAAUGCAGUUGAUGGCAAUCAACAAAAUGAAGUAUCUUUUCAAGACAGGCAGGCCCAAGAAAGCAGCAUUGAAAUGAAUAGUGAAAAUGAGAGGACCCAAUCUAAUAACCGCAACAAUGAAAAUAGAGAGAACAGGCAAUCUCAAGAUGCAAACAAUUUAGUUGAAAGUGGGACACUACCUAUUCUUCGUCUUGCCCAUUUCUUUUUAUUAAAUGAGGAUGAUGAUGAUGAGCACUUUAGGGGCUUAACCAAAGAGCAGAUUGACAAUCUUUCUACACGGAACUUUGGAGAUAUUGAAAGUGAACUAAGUAAAACCUGUAGUGUUUGUAUCAAUGAAUAUGUAACAGGAAACAAGCUCAGGCAGUUACCUUGCAUGCAUGAGUUUCAUAUUCAUUGUAUUGAUCGCUGGCUAUCUGAGAACUGUACUUGUCCUAUUUGUCGGCAGCCUGUUUUAGGAUCCAAUAUAGCAGACAAUGGAUAAAAUAACGGAAUUUGCUUUCAUAAUUAUAUUUUAUCAUAGCUUAGUAUGUGUUUAAGCAUUCAUUUUUUUAGCCUAUUUGUAAUGAGCCAACUGGGAUGAAUAAUAAUUUAGAUAAUGGUUUGGGCUAUUUUCUUUAAAAAAAACAAAAAAAAACAAAAAAAACUUGUUUCAAGAG